AUGCUGGUUGAAAAUUUUAUUGACGGGCUAAGACCACUGGUGGGGCUUAAAAGCUGGGAUUACAUUGUUGUCUGGAAAUUAAGUGAUGAUCAUAGGUGUCUUGAGUGGAUGGAUUGCUGCUGUGCUGGAACUCAACAUUUCCAAAAUGGUGGAGAGGAAUUUUUUUUCUCUGCUGCUUCUGCUCUUCCAUGCAGAGAUUUCAGUUUUCAGCAUCCAAGGAUCCAAUCUUGUGAUUUAUUGGAACAACUUCCUUCUUCCAUAACACUCGAGUCAGAGUCAGGAAUUUAUGCACAGACAUUAUUGUCAAAUCAAGCUGGUUGGUUCAACUUCUUGCAUAACUCAGAUUCAGAUGCUUCAGAAGAAAGUCUUGAAACUCUGGGGACUAGAGUUCUGAUUCCAACGUCUCUUGGCUUAAUCGAGUUGUUCGUUGCAAAACAAGUGCCUGAAGAUCAACAAAUCAUAGAUUUUAUCAGAACUCAGUGCAGUACAUUUUUGGAGCAACAAGUUAUGAGUAAUUCUUGGCAACAUAUUAAUAACACCGCAGAAACUAGAGACAUGAAUGUUUUCUUCGAAGGAACAUAUGAGUCGAACGGCUUUGUCACUUCAGUUGAGAAAGAAUUAAUCCAUGAGAUCGAGCCCACAGGUACUAUAGAAGAACAAGUAAAUGACGACCUUUUGAUUCAGGUCAAUAACCGAUCAGAGAAUUCUGAUCCAAAUGACGACGACGAUGAUGCCAAGUAUAGAAGAAGAACAGGAAAGGGGCCUCAGUCAAAGAAUCUCAAGGCUGAGAGGAGGAGAAGAAAGAAACUUAAUGAUAGGCUUUAUGCCCUUCGAGCAUUGGUGCCUAAUAUUUCUAAGUUGGAUAGAGCUUCAAUACUUGGAGAUGCAAUUGAAUAUGUGAAAGACUUGCAGAAUGAAGUAAAAGAUCUGCAAAUCGAGCUUGAACAACACUCAGACGACGAGGAUACAAACAGUAAUAUUAAAAAUGGCCAACAAGGUAACAUACAACAGAGUGGAAAGAAACGAGGUCCUAAUUGCGAACAUAAAAUUUUUCCGAAUGGUUUUUACAAGGGAUCGUCUUGCUGUACUGGAAUCAGUGUCUCGGAACAAAAUCACGAGUCUGAAAAUAGUAAAGGAAAAGUGCAGCAAAUGGAGCCUCGAGUGGAAGUCUUUCGACUAGAUGGAAAUGAGUUCUUUGUCAAGGUAUUCUGUGAGCACAAGCAAGGCGGGUUCGCCAGGCUGAUGGAGGCUUUGAUUUCUCUAGGAUUUGAAAUGACGAACAAAAGGGAUAGUGAAAUUGUUGAAGCUGACUAUGUUAGAGAGUCCUUGCUUGAGCUAACACGAAAUCCAUCAAGGGAGUGGCCUGAGAUAGCUAUGGCAUCCGAGAAUGGAAACGUCACAGAUCACGACCACUGUCAACAUCACUCCGUCCUGCAUAGCCGACAAAUGCACUCUCACUAA